AUGCCAUUGGAAAUGAUGGCAAGCUUUGAGUUUUCGAUUUUACUGUGCGCACUUUGGGCGUUUUCUUUGUCAGCAGAUGCGGAGGUUACAAGUAUCCGCCUUGUUGGUGGCAAGACGCCGUUCUCUGGUCGCUUGGAGGUGGAGCACAACGGAACUUGGGGAACAGUCUGUGAUGACGAAUUCACAGUCAACAGCGCAAAAGUCGUCUGCAGGAUGCUCGGAUUUACGGACACCCAGUAUGCUGAAGUUGUCAAACCAAAUGUUUACGGUCCGGGAUCAGGAUUGAUCAUGCUGGAUAGUUUAAAUUGCCAUGGAAAUGAAUCAGACAUAUCUCAGUGUAGCCAUGAAUCUUGGGGUGUCUCUGACUGCGAACACUCCGAAGACAUCGGGGUGAAUUGUCACACGAAAUUGCGAUUGGCAUCUGGUUCUACCACACACGACGGUCAGGUGGAGGUGAACAUUUUUGGAAGCUGGGAACCAAUAUGUGCCGACAAUUUCACCAUAUCAGAAGCCAGGGUCGUCUGUGGCAUGAUCGGAUUCAGCUUUAACGGCGCAGAGUUAAAAACAUCCAACAUAGCAAGAUACAACUUUUUACCGUCCGCAUACACAUGUGAAGGAUAUGAAAUAGAUGUAUCGAUGUGUCAGGAGAUAAAUAUUACCUGCUCACAGCCAUAUGCCGCUUUUGUUAAUUGCCGUACUCCAAUUCGGCUAGUGAACGGAACCAGUGCCAAAUCAGGACGUGUCGAGGUGGAGUACCGGGGUCAGUGGGGGACGAUAUGCGAUGACGGCUUCGAUGACCUUGAAGCAAAAGUCAUCUGCAGGAUGUUGGGUUUCAGUGAUAAAGAAGCAAAAGCUUAUGGGGGUGCAUAUUUCGGAGCCGGAACUGGGUCCGUUACAAUCGACGAGCUUCGUUGCCUUGGUACCGAAGAAGACAUUUCUGAUUGUAAAUCAAGCGAAUGGCUGUCACCAAACAACUGCGGCCAUAACGAAGAUGCAUCGGUGGAAUGCAAAUCUGAAGUUCGUUUAGUAAAUGGCCCAACAAAGUUUUCGGGUCGGCUGGAAAUUCUGACUGGAUCUGGUUGGGAAACGGUAUGUUCUGACCUGGUAGACAACAAGACUGCUAUGGUGGUGUGCAAGAUGCUAGGAUUUGAAGGAGGAAAUAUUUCCAUUUACGAUGAUGGACGAUUUGGAAGUGGCGUCAUGAAAACGCAUGGCUACGACUGCAAUGGGAAUGAAACAGAUAUUGUCCACUGCAACCCAAACGAGUUUAUCCCGUCGUGUUCCAAUGGGACUAGCGCUGGAUUCAACUGUUACUCUAUAACACCGAUCCGACUUAUCCAAGGAACAGCCAUGUUUAAUGGAAGAAUUGAAAUUUACCAAAGAGAAAACUCUGCCAACGGCGAUUGGAAAGAAAUCUGCUAUAAUCAUCUGACAACAAAGGACGCAAUAGUGAUGUGCAGAAUGUUUGGGCAUCCAACUAUAUACCCUACAAUACAUCAUGCUUUCAACCAUUACGAUUCGAGCGGAAGAUUUCCAACAAUUAGUGGCUUCGGGUGCUCUGGAAACGAAACAGAUAUUACCGACUGCACGCCUGACACACACUGGACAGCAACUUCGUGUUAUUACAACGACCGUGCGGCGAUUAAUUGCGGAAUUAAUUCUACUGUCAGAGUUGUGGAUGGACCUUCAAUAAAAGCUGGGCGAGUAGAGGUCUUGUACAACGGAACUUGGCUUGGUAUCUGUAACCGUAUACGAUAUAGUUCUGGCAAUUACUACGAUAUAACAUCGAUGGACAUUAAUCUUCUCUGUAGGCAUAUGGGAUUCAACUAAAGUGGCUACUUGGUGGCCUCAUAUGCAACCCGAAGUGUCAAGGUCAUUCCAAACAUCGCAUGCAGCAGUUCUGUAUCAGACGUAUCCGAUUGUCGAUCUGGUUUGUGGGGUGUUGUGGAUUCAUGCCCACAGGCAGCAAUCGUAUGUAAUAGCAGUAUCCGCCUCGUGAACGGCAGCAAUGAGAGAUCCGGUCGAGUCGAGGUGCUGCAUCGGGAAAGAUGGGGAACCGUUUGUGCUGACGGUUUUAACGUCACAGAGGCUGAUGUCGUAUGCAGAAAAGCUGGCAUACGACUUUGGAAUGCGUCAGUGCUCGACGAUUCUCCUUUCGGGUUUGGUGCGCAUGAGUACCUUCUUAACAACGUAUCUUGCAAAUCGAGCGAGCACGAUAUAGGAGAGUGUCAAAGUUCCCCAUGGAAUGAAACAUCUUGCGAUGACGGAAACGUAGCAACCGUUUUAUGUCGAG